UGUUGCCGUUACGAAAUCUCCUGUCAGCUUUGUCGGUACGGGUGAGCACAUCGACGAUUUUGAGUUAUUCAAACCGAAGGCAUUUGUGCAAAAGCUGCUGGGAAUGGGUGACAUCGCCGGUUUGGUCGACAUGGUCAAUGAUAUUGGAAUAAAAGAUAACGAGGAACUUGUUAGCCGUUUAAAACAUGGUCUGUUCACUCUUCGUGAUAUGUACGAACAGUUCCAGAAUAUCAUGAAAAUGGGUCCUUUCAGUCAGAUAAUGAGUAUGAUCCCUGGAUUUGGUCCUGAGUUCAUGACGAAAGGUAAUGAGAAGGAAUCAGUGGGUCGCCUAAAGAGACUCAUGACUAUCAUGGAUUCUAUGAGUGAUACAGAACUGGACCACCCGAAAGCAUCUGAACUUUUCACGAAAGAACCUGGUCGUGUUGUUCGUGUAGCGAGAGGUUCUGGUACUACGCAGGCUGAUGUACGGGAUUUGCUCAGUCAGUACAAAAAGUUCGCCGAUAUGGUCAAGAAGAUGGGAUCAAUCAAAGGGCUAUUCUCCGGUAAGAAUGGCGACAUCAAUCCCAAGAACGUCAAUCCUGCGCAAAUGAUGAAGCUGAACCAACAGAUGGCAAAGAUGAUGGACCCUCGUGUAUUACAACAAAUGGGCGGUAUGGGUGGUUUGCAGAAUAUGAUGGCUCAAUUGCAAAAAGCUGGUGGAGGUAAAGGAGUGGGAUUGUUUUA